AUGGCUGACCAGAAUACGUUUGCGGCGUCCUCGGCGCUUCACCUGAGCUUCCCUCCUGCGGCCUCGGGUGUAUUCCACUCGCGUUCCAUUACCGGUGUCAAGAUCCACCCCGUGGCUCUCUUUUCCAUUUUGGACCACUACCUUCGCCGCGAUGCGUCGCAGCCCCGUGUGAUUGGUACUCUGCUUGGUAUCCGCAGCGAGGCCGAGGUCGAGGUCCGCAACUGCUUUGCUGUGCCUCACAGCGAGAGCGAGGACCCCUGGCAGAUCCAGCUGGACGCCGAGCACCACCGCCGCAUGCUCGAGCUGCACCAGCGUGUGCGUCCCGAGGAGGUGGUGCUGGGCUGGUACAGCACCUCGCCUGAGCUCAACUCGAACAGUGCGUUGAUCCAGGACCACUUCUCGCGCGAGACUGCGCCCCACCAGGCGAUCCAUCUCACCCUGAAUACCAACGUCGCCGACGAAAAGGAUGGGCUGGGCGUCAAGGCGUACGUUAGCUCGCUGCUCGGCACCACAUCCAAGCCCGAGAACUGCACGUUCCUGUCGCUCCCUACGGCCCUCCUUACGUCGGAGCCCGAGCAGACGGCGCUGAGGCACAUUGCCAAGCCCACCGGCUCCGAGUCCGAGACGGACCUGAACGCGCUCGCCGCCUCGCUCGAGCAGGUGAACGCACAGCUGGAGCGUGUCCUGACAUAUGUGCGCAAGGUGCUCUCUGGCGAGGUCGAGGGCGACAAGGCCGUCGGCCGCUACCUCAGCGACACGAUCGGCGUGGUUCCUGCCGGCCUCGAUGGCCCGGUGCUCGAGAAGCUGUUCAACUCGCACCUGCAGGACGUCUUUAUGGUCUCCUACCUUGCCAAGAUUGUCAGCGCGCAGGCCGAGGUAUCUACGCGUCUGGCGCUCCUGUCCUAG